GUAUUCUCCUACCAGCCUCGCUAUAAAUCAAUCAUGGAGUCCUACGUGGUGAGCUGUAAAUAUGCUGAGCCGCAGUUCCCGCCUUGUGAGGAAGAUUACAGUAAUUUUAGUGACCAAGGGGGGUAUUACAACAACCCCCAGGACAGUGGUAGUUAUGGAGGGGGCUAUCAGUCCAUGCAGCCCCCUCCGCCUCCAUACUCACCACAACAAACCGGCUAUCAACACACUUUGCAGGGGCAUCACCGGGAGGAUGGAAAGGACCACUCACAGCAUCACGGGGCGACCUUCGACUACACAGACACAGAUGGACCCGGUAAGGACAGGUUUUCGAUGGGUGACCUGCAGUGCCAGGCCUGGAUGACCUGCGCAAAGCCCGCUCAGGUGCAGAGGAAAACGGCCUGCCAGGCCAAAGACAAGCCGCCCAUUGUUGUCUACCCGUGGAUGAAGAAAGUGCACGUCGCUCACGUUAAUCCCAACCACGUGGGUCCGGAGCCCAAACGGCUGAGGACGGCCUACACGCGCCAGCAGGUUCUGGAGCUCGAGAAAGAGUUCCACUUCAGCCGCUACCUCACGCGCCGCCGCCGGGUUGAGGUGGCUCACGCGCUGUGCCUGUCCGAGCGGCAGGUGAAGGUAUGGUUUCAGAACCGGCGCAUGCGCUGGAAGAAGGACAACAAGCUGCCAAACACCAAAGGAAGAAAGAGCAAGAAAACAACGGAGAGCGACAGCGACAAGGCGGUCAUAUCUGUGUGAAAAAUAAAAAAAACAAACAGUGAAGGAGCGGAGGUUGGCGUCAGAAGCAGCACCUUCUACCAGACUGAUAUUUUUAACGGAUCUGAGGUGUCUGCACUUCUGAAAUAUUCCAAGACUGCUUUUAAAACUAUAGACUAACCGUGUAUAAGCCUGAUCUUCAGAAGUCAUCCAUGUAACCUAUUUUUCAUUAUAUCUGAGCUUUUAUUUUUGUCUUUUUACACCUUCUUGUUAUAUAGCCUUGCGGUUUGCAUCGAAUUAAUUUCCGUAUUUAAUGAAUUGAUGAAUGUCUUACAUUUGAGGGUUGCAGAUCACCUGACAUGAAUCUGUUGAUAUUAAAUGAAUUGCUUCAUAUUUAUACAGCCGGUAUUAAAGGCGCAAAAGCAUGGUUCCUAUAGUUGCAGUCGUGCCAAACUCUCCCGUAUGUGUCUUUUGGAGAAAACAGGGUUUUAUUUCUACAGGGUAAACAUAAAACAGGGUUUUAUAUGAACUACCUAAAACCUGAAAGAAUAAUUUAUGUACAUGCACAUUUCAAAAUGGUUUUUCUUUUUCCACAAACUGCUUAAGACAACACAACCUAACGACCUGAAACACCAAAUUGUUGGGCGGCUGACGUGCAGAGAAGCUGUACACAGAAUGUUUAGAUUUUAUGUUACAUCUAAAAAACAAACAAAAAAAAAUGCAUAUAUAGUAGGACAUGUAGCCAUAUUCUGCAGAAUUUAUUUUCUGCGAAAGGUCAGUGAACUUUUCAAUAAUGUAAGGAGAUCGUCCUACAUUUUUACGCAAGAAGGAAAAAAAAUAUGAAGGACUUAUUUAAGCGGCCAAAUUUGAGGUACAUGUUUUUUCUACAUAACACCAAUUGUAAAUUCAACUUAUUUUCUCAGGGUUACAGGGUUUUAAUGAACAUAACUUCCUUAAGCGUGUAAGUUUGUUAUUUCGUUAAGCACCGAGAGCUUUAAAAUUCUCUCUGAAAUGUUGCUUUAAAACACUUCACUCUUUGAUUCCAGUUUAAUAUGCUAUUGAUUUUUAUUAGUCUACCUAAGUACUUAUUUUUAUUUGUAUUAUUUAGAAGCAUAUUUUAUUCUUUGUAGUAAGCAUCAUCUCUGUGUUACUUUUUGAGAAAAAAAAAUUUAUAUGUGGAAAUGUUUUUGAUAAAAUACUUAGCUG